AUGGCCCACUACGAGGAGGUACGUGUGUCAGGCUAUGGUGACUCCUGCCAGAUGGUGGAGCAGCACAGGGGCAAGACCAUCUUCGCCUACUUCACAGGCGACAAGGAUACCGAGGGCCGCAGCUGGUGCCCUGACUGUACAGAGGCUGAGCCUGUGGUCCUGGAGGCCCUCAAGCACAUCCCUGAAGAUGCCAUGUUCAUCCACUGCAAGGUUGGGGACCAGCCCUACCGGAAAGAUCUCAACAAUGAGUUCAAGAAGAAGCUAAACUUGACCUCAUUGCUGACCUUGCUCAAGUACAGGAUGCUCCAGAAUAUGGUGGAGUCGGAGUGUGUGAAAGCUAGUCUGGUGGAGAUGCUGUUUGAGGAUGACUAA